GGCCCGGCGGCGCCAUGGAGGGCGGCGGCAACUCCAAGGGCACGGGCCUCGGCGGCCUCUUCGGCGCCGGCGGGGUAGGGUACUCCCACGCCGACCUGGCCGGGGUGCCACUAACUGGAAUGAGUCCUUUGUCCCCGUAUUUAAACUUGGACCCGAGGUAUCUAGUACAGGAUACAGAUGAGUUUAUCUUGCCCACAGGAGCCAACAAAACUCGAGGCAGAUUCGAGCUGGCCUUUUUUACCAUUGGAGGAUGUUGUAUGACAGGGGCAGCAUUUGGUGCACUGAAUGGUUUGCGACUUGGCUUGAAGGAGACGCAGAAUAUGGCGUGGUCAAAACCUAGAAAUGUACAAAUUCUGAAUAUGGUGACAAGGCAAGGAGCGUUAUGGGCUAACACUCUGGGAUCUCUGGCUCUACUUUACAGUGCGUUCGGAGUCAUCAUUGAAAAAACACGAGGUGCAGAAGAUGACCUGAACACCAUAGCUGCUGGAACCUUGACAGGAAUGCUAUACAAAAGCACUGGUGGAGUGCGUGGGAUAGCACGAGGUGGUAUUGCCGGUCUGACGCUUACUGGCCUCUACGCUCUCUAUAACAACUGGGAGCACAUGAAGGGCUCCAUAGCCCGGCAGUCCCUCUGAGCAGGGCAACCAGCGCUGGACAGAGGACACGCUUGCAUAGUCACCAAUCAAAUCAGUUGCAAGAUCUGUCUGGUGCCCCUUCCUAUUUUAUUUACAAUUAGUGUGAAACUGAAGGAAGCUAUGCUGGGAGGAACCUCUUGACACCAUGUAGCUGGACUGGCCCUUUCCUUCCUGCCAGCCAGUCGCUGGAGAGGCAGCAGUAUUUGUUGGACCUGCAAGUGAGCAGAGUGGCCACCGAGAUAGUCUCCCUGACACGCUCACCAGCUAGCCCUGGGCCAGAGCUACGAGGCAUGCUCAAGUCCCAUAGCUGUACCUGCUGCGCUACCAGGUUUGUUCGGUUGCGUGUACUACAACACUAGCGCUCCGUAAUAAAGUCUGUGUCCAUAGAGCUAUUCACUGCAGUCUUUCAGCGUGCAUCGCCCAGCCAGCCAGCGCCCGGGCAGCUGGAGCCAGCGGCAGCCUUAAGUAGCAACUGGCACAAGGCACGGCUUGUUAUUCUGACAGCACAGGGUAAGCUGUAAAAAGGGACAUCAUCAUUAAUAAAAAGGGUGGUACUUA